AUGAGUAAUCAAACAUUUCUUGUCGGUACUGGAAUUGAUAGUAUUUAUGCAUGUAGUCUUACAUCGACUGGUCAAAUAGAAUUACUUAAUGAAACAAAAUGUGGAAAAGCUUCAACAUGGCUUUUACCACGUGAUGAUCUAUUAUAUAUAGUCAAUGAGCAAGAUGAUAAAAUAGAAACAUUUACAAUUGAUGAUCGUAAUCAAGGUAAAUUAACAUUGAAAAAUACGAUUUCAUCAAAAGGUGAUACACCCUGCGCAUUGGAUUUCGAUCCCUCAGGUAAAUGGCUUGCAGUAGCUAAUUAUGGUGAUAAAGGUGCAUCUAAUUUUACAUUUUUUCCAUUGAAUGAUUGUAAACAACCCGAAGAAAAAGGUGCUCAAACAAAUACAGUCGAAGGAUCUGGUCCACAUCCUACUCGCCAACAACAUUCAUAUUGUCAUCAUGCAUUAUUUCAUCAAGGUUAUUUAUAUGUUGUUGAUUUAGGAACCGAUACAAUAAGUGUAUAUCAUUUUAAUGAUACCAAUGGUGAAGUUAAAUUAAUUAAUAAUCAAAUAAAAACAGAAGCAGGUGCUGGACCUCGUCAUAUUAUUUUUCAUCCAACUAAACCGCUAGCUUUUGUAUGUAAUGAAUUAAAUUCAACAACAAAUGUUUAUCGAGUAGAUUCUUCGUCUGGUGAACUUGAAUAUAUUCAAACAAUAAAAACACGACGACAAGAUGAUGAAAAUGAUUCAAGUAAAGAAAAUUAUCCAGCUGAAUUACAAUUUACACCCGAUGAAAAAUAUCUACUUGUGUCAAAUCGUGGCGAUGAAAAUCUUGUUAUUUUUAAUUUAAAUGAAAAUAAUGAGAAAGAAAUUUUAAGUGUCAAAGAACAUCUUGAUUGUCAUGGUUCAUUUACACGAUAUUUUACAUUUGAUCCAACCGGAAAAUUUCUACUUAUAGCUAAUCAAAAAUCAAAUAAUUUAGUUUGUUUUUCAUAUAAUCGUGAUAAUGGUACAUAUACAUUUAUUUCACAAUUGGAUAAUAUUCAAAGUCCUCAACAUAUGAUUUUUUUAAAUAAAUGA